GCCUGGGGACAACACACAAGAAUCCAGGACAGACACAACAUGGCGGAAGCGGAGGACAGCGACUCAACUUCGGGUGGAAUCUUCCAGGAGAUAUUCACGUCCCCUCUCAACCUGACCCUGCUCAGCCUAUGCCUGUACCUGCUCUACAAGAUCUUCCGUGGGGAUAAACCCCCGGAGGUGGACGAGGGCGAGCAGCCGCUGGUCAAACUGAAGAAGAGAGACUUAACCCUGGCGGAGUUGAAGCUCUACGACGGAGUGCAGGACCCCAGGAUCCUCAUGGCCAUCAACGGCAAAGUGUUCGACGUGACCCGGGGGAAGAAGUUCUACGGGCCAGAGGGGCCGUACGGAGUGUUUGCGGGUCGAGAUGCAUCCAGAGGCCUGGCCACUUUCUGCCUGGAGGAAGAGGCCCUGAAGGACCAAAACAACGACUUGUCCGACCUGACGCCGGCACAGCAGGAGAGCCUCUCUGAGUGGGAGACGCAGUUCACAUUUAAAUACGACUACGUGGGCAAGCUUCUGAAGGAGGGCGAGGAGCCCACAGAGUACACGGACGACGAGGAAGCAAAGGACAAGAAAGCCGACUAAAGAAUGGCGGAGGAGGAAUGUGGCGGCGGCCUUAAUGUUCUACCUUCUGUCUUGUACACUUGAAGGUGACAUAUACUGCCUGGCAUUUCUGCUGCUGUGUAACCUUGUCAACUUUUUUAUAUAAAUGUACUAAUGGAACUCCUGGUGAAAGGCAACGUGGUCCCAUGACUGACCUAAUACUUCUGCAAAGGGACCAAUCAGAGGCUCGGUGAGACAUUUCAGGAAGAAGAUGACUUCAUAGCAGGGGUCUCAAACUCGCAGCACGUAUUUUUUUUUUUUUUUUAGGUGUCGUGCAGGGCUGUCCAAACGUUCCAAAUUAAAAAAACAAAAAACAUUAAAGUGGAAUAAAAGAGCACACGGGUGAAAUGUUGACUAAUAACACAAAGCUGCCAUUCAGGCUGUUUUUUUUUCAUCUUAAAACUGUCAUUGCUCAAAAAAUAAUAAUGAAUCCAAAUCAGUUUUGGUAUUAACUUUGAAAUAUUUUGGGGGUAUUUUCGGAUUUUGACAUUAAAAACAAUUAUGUUUUCUAUGACAAAGAUAAGAUAAGCAAACAAAAAAUGUCUUGUAAUCGACAGAUCUGAAGUUAAUCUAGAAAAUGUAAGCGUUAAAGGUGGAAAAAAAUAAUAAAUAAUGUAUGACUUAUUUUUAAUACUUUA